UUUACCUCCAAAUGAGUGAUGUUUUUUCCCCCAUUUGAAGACUGCAGCCCUUGAACAAUUCUGAUAUGGCAGGUGUAACAGUGAGUUAGCAAGAUAUCUCUCUGAUACUUGUAUGAGUCAGAAAGAGAUUUGACAGGGUUUUCAUUGUGUACCAGAGUAAUUCAACUCGAGAUAGAAUGAACUCCCUCUCCGUCUAUGUCAUACUGGGUCUAACAACAUUGAUGAUCCAGACUACAGACUCUAAAGGGUCUCCCAAUAUCAGAGUGGUUCUGUCUGUUUGGCCCCCAGGAUCAACCAUCUACUUAAGGGAAUCUGUGGCCCUGAGAUGCCGUGUGGAAGCAGGUGCUAACUAUUCUUGGACCUAUCACUGGUUCAGACACACAUCUCACAAACUUGUGACCCCAAACGCUAGACACAUGAUCAGUGGUGACAGUUACUCCAUCACUGGGGUUGCCAAGGCUGACGGUGGUAGCUACUGGUGCCAGGCUGAGCGGAAUGGCUCAACCACACCCUUACUCAGUGACCCUGCCCACUUGACUGUGUCAGAGCUGACCCCACCCUCUUUGGCAGUGAUCCCCAACAGCCGACAGCACUUCCAAGGGGAGCACUUCUCUCUCCAGUGCCCUGCUGUGUCUGAGAGCAACUCCACAGAGAGUAACUCCACAGACUGGACAUUGUGGCAGCUCACUGACUUUGGAGUUAGGUCUGGGUGUCAGACACUAGAGGGCACUGUCAGGAAGGAGGUUCCUGGAGCAUGCAGCCUCUCCUCUCUAUACAGUGGGUUGUACUGGUGUGAGAGCAGCAAAUGGCGCAGCAACACGGUCAAGAUCACAGUGAGCUAUGGUUCCAUGAUCAUUGUUGGCCCUGCUCACCCUGUCACAGAGGGAGAUCAGGUGACUCUGCAUUGCCGGUACUGGUUCCACAAACCUAACCUGACCACCUUCUACAAAAACGGAGUAGAGGUUGUUCUGAACGUCACAGAGAUGACCAUUGACAAUGUGAACGGUGCAGACGAGGGCUUCUACAAGUGUGCUGAACCUGAGGAGAAGUUGGAGAGCCCAGAGAGUUGGCUGUCUGUGAGAAGGAACUCCACCUCAGAAGAGAGAAAGACAUUGUCCUCUGAAGGUACCUGGAUAUGGGUGUUGCUGUUCUGUUGCAUUGUGGUUAUCCUGUUGCUUAUUCCUGUUGUUAUGUUACUGGUUCGUCACUACAGGUUGCGUAUGUGGUGCACCCGCAGCUGUUUCUCCUCCAAAGAAGGGCCACCCCCAGGAGAGGCACCCCAGACCAAGCAGGAUGUGACUGAGGUACAGUGGGAUCUGGGAUGGAUGGAGAUGGCCAACCUGUUGGACAAGCAGCAGUACCCUGCCACUGCCAGCUAAACUCUACCACUCAAACCAGAGACUAGUGUGCUUAACACUGUACAGAACAUACCAGAGGAGGCUGGUGGGAGAAGCUAUAGGAGAACAGGCUCAUUGCAAUGGCAUAAGUUAAAUAAAUGGAACGGAGUCACACGUGGUUUCCAUAUGUUUGAUACUGUUCCAUUUAUUCCAUUCCAGCCAUUACAAUGAGCCUGUCCUCCUAUAGCUCCUCCCACAAGCCUCCUCUGGUACAAACAUAUUAAUUAUCCUUUGUAUCUGUUUUUCACUGGUUUUGUUUCUCACCAGAGUUUUUCUUUUAUCUGGUCAAAUUAAGAAAUAAAGAGGAUGUACAGUAUGAGCUAAAAAACUAUUGUGUACAAGCACAAUAUUUCCAUUGUAUCAUUAAAGUCACUCCAUCUUCAUGUUA